ACAGAAAGACUUGGCUAGAUAUGACACGACACUCGAAACACAGUUAUGACUCAGCUGUAUUUUCUUAUCAUGAGAAGAAGAAAAUGGGUUAUGGUUCAAAGACCGUUGUAUUAAGUUCAGAAACGAUACGACCUUUUGACUGUUGUUGUCUCUCCUUGCAACCCAGUAAGGACCCAGUGGUAACGCCUGAAGGUUUUUUGUAUGACCGAGAAGCAAUACUAGAACACCUUCUUAAUCAAAAGAGAAGUUUAAAAAAGGUUGAAGAGAAUGAAAGAAAACGUAAGCUAGCCUCGAAGCUCCAAAAAGAGCGACUUGAGCAGGAAGAACAACGCGAAAGAAUUGAGGAAUUUGAGAGGAAAGCUCGUGGCCUUAGCAACACUGUGAAGAAGCCCAAGCUUAGUGAUUCUUUUGAAGGAAAAGACUUUGGUUCAAGCAAUUGUUGGUUGCCAGAAAGUAAAGUUGGGCAGAAAGAAGAGAUUGUUGUAGACGGAGAAAAGGGUGCGUCAAUCAAGUAUACUUGUUGUCCUAUGAGUGGAAAACCCUUAAAGGCAAAGGAUCUGAUCACUGUCAAAUUCACUCUUGCCGCAGAGAAAGAACAACACCGAGUCAUUGAGAAAUAUGGAAAGAAUGAGUGGCAGUAUAUGUGUCCCGUUUGUUAUGUUGGACUUUCGAAUGCAGUGAAGUGUGCUGUAUUGAGAGAUAGUGGGGACGUUAUUUGUGCCGAAUGUGUGGAACGGUUUGCAAAACGUGAUUCAAAAAACCCUGUGACAGACUCUUAUAUUGAUCCAAUUAGAGACGUCAUCUUUUUGCAAACAGAGGGAACGGGAUAUGCAGCUACAAGUUUGAACAAACUGGAACAAAGGAAAGUUGCACCAGCAGCUAGAGUCUGAUGCGAUUAUAUGCAAAUGAACAUUUCAAGUUUUUAAGUGUACAGUUGUGUUUCAGUAACAGUCAUUUUGGUGACUUGUACGAGUAGUUUGUCGAACUGAUGAGUGUCCAUUUAUAGGCAGUUUAUUUUGCGCAUCUUGUAGUAGUUGUCGAGUGUGUUGUUCCAACGAUAUACUUAUGCUUCAGAGUGUCUUUAGGAACGAUAUUGUUUUUCAUCAAAUCAUUACGCAACGUGUAUUCAUAACUCGAAAGAAUUGCCAAAUGAUGUCUUCAUUGUUGGUAGUUGAGCGUUAUUUGAAGUACUUUAUGCUUGUUGUUUUGAUGGAAAGGAAAUAGCAUUAAUAUCAAAUAUGGCUAUUGGUUUGUUUUUUAUGGCAAUAUGACUAUUGUCUAAAGAAUAAUACUUCAUUAACAAUCGCUCGCAACUUUACCUAUAACAGCAAGGUAACCUGUUUCAAGAUUUGUGAUUUCUUUGUAAUCCUUUUUUGUGGUUUUGAUAUUACAGAUAUUCUCAUGUUUGUGUCAUAUGAAAGUCUAUGACGCUCGGAUGAAUCCUUACAACAAAAUUACCUCCUAUGAAGACUAUGCUUAAAAGAUUCGAAACCAUCCCAGACUUAAUAGUUUCUAAUGGCAACGAGAUAUUAUAUUCAUUUCAAUAUGAGAGUAUUUAAGCUCAAUUUGUGAAUAA